UGUUGUUCUGUGGCCAACAGCAUUUUCUCUUGAUGCGUCUUAUUUCCAUAGAAACGCUGUACCUUGAAUGCGGAGGUUCAAGGAGAGUGACUUCAAAUGGCAAACAAUCUUGUCAUCAGAGCUUUAAGGGGAAAUGCAAAAUCGUUUAGUUUGAGUUCUAAGAAUAUAAACCAGAUUCCUAGCACAGUUGCAAAUCUUACGAGUCUUUUGAAACUACAGUUAAAUAACAAUUGCCUUUCAACUCUGCCCAUUGAAUUGCAGUCUUUGUGCCACUUGACAGAGCUGAACCUGGGAAACAAUCUUCUCGAAGAGAUUCCACCUGUUCUGAAGUAUCUUCCAUCGCUAAGAAAACUGUAUGUAUUUGGAAACCAAAUCGAAAAUUUGCCUGAAGACAUUUUUGGUGCGCUCUCAAAACUUGUCCUUCUGAAUUUGAAUCACAACAAAAUUAGAGUCCUUCCACCAGAGAUAAAAGGUCUUACUCACUUGGAAAUUUUGAGUCUAACUCACAACCAACUGGAAGUUAUUCCUGCUGAAAUAGCUUUGCUUAAUAAGCUGACUGAGCUCAACUUAACUAACAACAACCUUGUCACUUUGCCACCACAACUCUGCUUCUUGCCACAACUGUCAAAGCUCUAUAUUGCAAGAAACUGUCUGAAAGAACUACCUGAGGGGAUAUUCAGACUGUCGAAGCUCAAAGUCCUAGAUGUUGCAGGAAAUUGUCUGACCAUGUUUCCAGUGGAUCAGUUAAGUGGUUUGUAUGAUACUGGUAUGCUAGUUCCACCUUGUCAGGGUGGAGGAGCUGUACUGCGAAGGAAAUGCUUUCGUCCAGCACAAAUUGGUGGAAUCCAUUCAAGAGACAGAGGUGCUGUCUUUAAAGGCGGCCAGGCUGAUCCUGAUGGAGUGCAGGAGGGAGCGCUCUGUCCUGCGCCGGGCCCUGGCGCUCCACCCGGCCGUGGCGGACGCGCUGUCUCUGGCGGGCAGGUGUGCCCUCUGCUCCCAGGCCUUCCUCACCACCUGGCUGGAGUGCGUGCGGUUUGUUAACCUCAGGAAGGACAUGAAGUUGAGAAGCUCGCAGUCCGUCCCAGUGAGAGUCCAGCUCUGUUCCUACAGCUGCUUCAACCAGAGCGGUCACAUGUACUACGGAGUUGCAUCUGUAUAGAAAAAAAGGUGUAAGUCUGUUUAUAUGCCUCUGAAUGGCUUUCUUUAGAAUGACCUUUGGUUAAAAGCUACUGUGGCUAAAUCUUUAUACACAAGUCUGUGGUGUGAUGUGCUCCAUUUUACAUGGCAAGAAAAAAAAAAGAUACAUUUAUAUUUAUAUAUAUAUAUAUACACACACACACACGGUAUAUAUAUAUA